AAGUGACAGCAGCCUCAAGAGAGAGUAAAACUUCUACUGAACUAUCUGUGUGUAGGUGAAUUACCCCAUUAAAGCGGGACAUUCAACCACCUGUGAACCAUGGAGGUACAAGAAGACACGUCCGUCGCCGAGCUCAGCGUCUCCGGCAGCACCCACACCAUCCCCAGCAACCCACAGCAGCCCGAGAGCACGGAGCUGCUCAUCCCGAGCUUCACCCCGUCUUCCGCCCCGUCCUCCCCGACCCCGACCGGCACCCUCUCCCGGCUGGGCUUUAAAAGUCCCACGAGCCCGACCGCCACCGCCGCCCCGGGAAGCCCCGGAGGCCAGGUGAGCGCCAUUACCGUGGUAGCGCUGCUGGACAAGCUGGUCAACAUGCUGGAGGCGGUGCAGGAGAACCAGCAGCGGAUGGAGCAGCGGCAGUCCGACCUGGAGGGCGCCGUGCGGGUCGUGCAGGGGGACGUGACCCGCCUGUCCAAGACCCACAUCAGCACCUCCAACAGCGUCAGCAAGCUGCUCGAGCGCUCCCGCAAAGUCAGCGGGCACCUGAAGGAAGUGAGGGAGCGCAUGGAUAAACAGGCGGUCCAGGUGAAGAAGCUGGAGGCGAACCACAGCCACCUGCUGAAGAGGAACCACUUUAAAGUGCUCAUCUUCCAGGAAGACAAUGAGAUCCCUUCCAGUCUGUUGGUCAAGGACUCCCUCAAGACCCCGGCACCAAGCCAGUAUGAUGCAGAGUCCACCCUCCCUAAUCCAUCUGUUACUGGCUCUAUUGAUGGCAGCCAAGCCCAGGGGGAGGGUUUUCAGACCCUGAGCCUGUCCUCCGAUGAAGAUGAUGAUUUUGCAUCACACCAUGUGGACGAAGAGAUGUUUGAUGGUGCAGUGAGUCCGGGCACUUCGCGCACAUUCGAGAGAAGGGCUGACAAGUUCAAGCGCAACAGCCUAAAGAAGGUAGAUAGCCUCAAGAAGGCCUUCUCACGCCAGAGCAUUGAGAAGAAGGUUACUCAGAUAACCACCAAGAUCGUGCCACCAGAGAAGCGUGAGAAACUCAAAAAGAGCCUCACCCCUAACCAUCCCAAGAGCCCAACUGCCAAGUCCUCCUCUUUCAAGGUGUCUCCUAUGACCUUCAACAUCAAGAAAGUCAGAGAUGGGGAGGUCCCAACACAAGACAUGAGUUUUCCUGUGGAAGAGGCCCAUGUGGAGAUUCCUGCUCUGGAGAGCUUAGAUGGAGAUGUUUCUGUGAGGGAGUUGAACUCCGAAGAGGUUGUUGUGGAGCAGAUCCAGGAGAUGUUGAGUCCCUCCACCCCAGAGAGCAUCAAGGUGGACCUGGCAGUCAAUGGAGAAGCACCAAGCUUAGAGCCAGAGAUAAAUGGUGAGCGUACUGCUGGCUUGGCAGUCCCAGAGCUUGAUGAAGAUCUUGGUGAGGAAGAAGAAGAGGAGGAAGAAGCAGGGAAGAACAAAAGCCCUCUCGAGACAGCAGCAGAAGCCCAGAUCCCCGCAGCAACAAUUGCUGUAGAGCAAGCAUCUUAAUAUGAUGAUGAAUGCAGAUAAAAUGAUCAUGAGCAUCAAUUCUAGUUUCCCAUUCUUUCUUUUCUUGCUCAAACUUCUACACUUAUGAACACCCAACGGGCACAAAUUAUCCCUCCAUUGUACACAGCCUUUUUUUCUUACACACAUCUAUACACUGGUGGUACCCUACCCUACAACGUGUCACCUACUCAUCAGUAAUUAACAUUCACUCACGCUGAUGGUGCAGCGUUGGGAGCAAUUUGGAGUUCAGUAUCUUGCCCAAGGAAACUCCGACAUGUAGACAGCCAUGGCCAGGGAUCGAACCACGACCCUCCGAUCUGUGGGCGACAUACUCUCAGCUUCCUAUGUUAGUCCAUCCUUGGACUAUUUCUGCAACACCACCGUUGAUUAUCACCAGCGUAGUCUGAAAAACCUUGACACAGACUAUACAAGCAACUGUGUUAACAGCUAGACCUCACAGUGAAUCAGAAUCCAGUGCACGUGCUUCCUAAACUCUGUGGCAGGGUUGUCCAAAGAAAGCACGAUUGCACCAAUGGACCAUAACUCUCUCCCAUCAAGUGGUAACCACCUCCUCAAUAGCAGCACAUCUCCAGGGCACUGGGCCAACUAUCUCCCUCUUGCUGUGUUUGUCUGCUUCUGGAGCUCUCUUCCUCACUGACAAAUAGCCUCUUCGUUCUUUGUGUUUUAUUGUGGAAAUAGUAAAUCUUUGGCAACAGUGCUACUGCCCACAGCCUGUUGAGGCGGUGUGUUGCCAGGUUGUGCAAGAGUUGGAAUGGGGAGUUUCAGGGUUUUCAGUGAAAAGGUCCUGGGGUGUUUUGUAGUGAACUAGAAGUUGUUUACUAAAUUCUUUGGACCUGUGCUGAAAAAAGCCCAGAUCUUAACUAACAGGUGGCUAUACUUACAGUAGUCCGAGUGGCGCUGUCUUGUGCCCUGUCCUUCACUGGCACUUGUUAAUUGUUUGUUACUGCGAUAGUGAGAUCCAGUAAAUCACUUUUGACUUUGUCAUUGAUGACCUACCAAGAAUAACGCAUGCAUCAAAACAUUUUGAGUAAUUUGUAAUUGCCAAUUGAAAAUAGAAAAUUAGACCAGAUGGCAUUUUAAAUGGUCUUGUAGAUCACACUUAUCUAGAGUCUAAGAAAGGCAAAAGUUCAUCUUAUUUGCUAAUACAAGUAAAUAUGUUUGUGUUCAAUUACACUGAUGCAAAUGAAGGACAUUGUUGCAGGAUAGAAGCUACUCUAUAUGAUUAGAAAAGUGUAUUAGUGAAACAAAGUUACCUGCAGAGUUUAAUUCUGACAUCCUAAAUGUCCCUUUUACAGUCCUUUCUGCAGGGUGACUUUAUAUGUUUAUGUACAGGAAUUAUUUCUGUUUUUUUUUCUUUGUGAGGCACCCUUUAAUAAGUAACUUUAUGAUAACUGCCUUGACUGUGUGUACUUUAUACAGUAAAUGUGGGAUCUGUGAAUUUGUUUUGAGUUACUAUAUGAUAAUUGGGUGUUUGUAUGCCGUCUUUUUCUUUCAGGCAUCCAUAACUUGUAUAGUGAAAUGUUUACUCAAUAAGACAUAAACACUAUCUUAUA